AUGAUCGCUUGGAUUUUCAGGUAUUAUGAUAAUUUAAAGAACAAAGAGAAAAACCUAACUCCUGAUGUCUCAGUUGAUGAAUUGGAGAAUGCUGAAAAGGCACUUUGUAGAUUGGUACAGAAAGAAUCAUUUACAGGCAUAAACGAUCCCGCUAUUCGUGCGCUGAGACCAAUCGUAGACCGAAAUGGAAUUUUAAGAGCCAAAACGAACGUCCUACAGCGUCAAGAUAAUGAAAAUUUCCGAUAUCCUAUCAUUUUACCUUCAAAACACCUUCUUGUUGAGAGACUAAUUUACGAGAAACAUCUAGAACUCCAGCAUGCUGGUGUCAGCACUUUAAUGACAAAUCUUAGAGAAAACUUUUGGAUAUUAAAAUCCAGGAAAAAAGUGGAAGUCGAGCCAGGAUUUCCACGCGAAGACCGAGUCAAAGAAGGGGCGACUUUUGAAGUCGUCGGUGUAGAUCUAGCGGGUCCUCUCUAUCUCCGUGAGAGGUCUAAAGCGUGGAUAGUCUUGUAUACGUGUGCCAUUUAUAGAGCCAUUCACCUCGAACUAGUUACUUCUCUAUCUACGGAAACUUUCAUCCAAUCUUUACGUAGAUUCAUUGCCAGAAGAGGUAGACCUUAUGUAAUAUAUUCCGACAACGGAACUAAUUUUGUAGGGACUAACAGUGUUCUUAAGAAAGUUAAUUGGAACGCCAUAUGUUCAGACAGUUAUGUUCAGCAAGGACGCUUCUAUCCGAUAAACGAGAGAUUACAAUCGCCCGUUGGUCCAAGUUCCCCCGACGCCGCCUGGUGGGGAGGUUGGUGGGAGAGGCUUGUGCGAAUGGUGAAAGAAAAUUUAAGAAGAGUGUUAGGUCGAACGUCCUUAAAUUAUGAAGAAUUAUAUACUAUAUUAUGUGACUGUGAACAAGUGAUUAAUUCGCGACCUAUCACAUACGUAUCAGAGGAUAAUCAAGAUCCAUCACCACUGACCCCUAUGAUGUUUCCUGCAAGAAUUGCCGUCAUCAGGAGUUUCCUGAUAUGGACUACGUAG